AUGUCCGAAAUCGCCGCACAGACGUUUUAUUCAAUCUCAUUUUACAAAGGAUAUCUCCCAUUGAAGGAGGCGCAACAGGCGCAGUCCUACGUCGUACUUGCCCUCACUGCAGAGGACUCGACACUGCUCUACGACGAUGAUGCGUUUGCCACUUGCUCGAUAGGGAGUGCGCAGGUGGCUGCCAAGGCACCGUCUCUGGCGCCAGAAGGCACCGUUACACCCGAGAACAUUGAGUUGGGUCACCACACUUCUCUGUUGAGUUCAGGGACUGUACCGUCACCAUCACCGCCAUUCAUCUCGCCGAUGACGUACAGUCCCUACCCCCCAAACGAGAACUGCCGCGCGUCGCCGCCCAUGCUCAGCGGUAGCAUUAGCUUUUCAGGCAUCCACAAUGAAGCGAGCGGGACAGCCGGCCACGGCUGUGGCGUGUCGUUUUACCUCUUCCAUAAGCGCGACGUACAACCACCGCCGAUCCGGUACUAUGUUUCCCCCAAGAAGGUGCAUCGCUGUUUCCUUGGGUGCGAGAGAUCAGGCUGCUCGUGCAACCGAAUCCACUUCAGGCCCGGCGUGUGGCGCAUGCGUCUGGAAACAUUGCCGAGGCUACCGCUGACAGUCGCACGCGCCGGGCAGAACGUCCGUGUAGCGCAGAACCAUAUACAGCCAACAGCCGGAUACUUUUUCUCUCUAGGACUUAAGGCGGCCAAGGUGCUGCCUGCUGUGGUGCCGACAAUGUGCCGCUUCAACAAAGCAUGCCGCAACGGGAUCAGCUGCCUGUAUAUACACACCGACCAGACGGUGACACCAAAGCAGGCGGUGACACCAAAGCAGACGCAGACGUCAGGGAUUAGCCUAUGUGAGUGGAGUCGGCACGUGAUGGAUGUCGCUCUGUCACAGAAGGAGGCGGGACGAUUCUUUGAGUUCCUCGACGAGCAAGGUGUGCAUACCGUAGGUGACAUGCAGGUACUGGGCAACGUCGCCUUCGAUUCACUGGCCGCCAGAGUCCCGCCACAGUGGGCCGAAGCUUUUUUGACGCUCUCGGUGCUGCGUGACUUGGACACGAAGAUGCCGCUGCAGAGUGCGCUGAUGGCGUUCCCGCGCAUCGAGGUGCCUGUGGAACUCCCGGUGUAUUUGAAUACGGUCGGUGACCUCCUCAACUUGACCGCGUCUGACUUUGUGCAGCUCCCGGUUGCCCCCUUUGUGAUGGAUGUGUGCUCACUGAUUCGCGCCCGCUACGGCACCGACGAGGCCUUUAACAUCAUCGACCUGAAGAAGGAACAUCCAAACAGUUUCUUCAGCAAUGCAACGCGCAUGAUUCAGCACUUCUGCCGCACGCGUGCGCACUGCAGCUGGCGCAAGCACGAUCCGACACGCCCGGUGGUCACAUCGGUGCUCACCUUUGUAGACGUUAACAGGUGCCACUGUCACCGCAACGGCGACAACCCAUACAACACCCACGAAGAGCAUAUUGAGGCAUCUUUUCCGUCGGACAUUGAAGCGAUGGGCACGCCGAGCGGCGCGUGGUGCCAGUGUAUGCGGCGAGGCGUAAUAGCGGUGAAUUACGAGCUGAGUACGCCGAGCGGGUCGCGCUGCUCCGAGCAGAAUGCGAUGGGAAAGCUCGCCUCGCUCGGUGUACCCACUUGGGGCGUGCGCGAGGUAUUUGUGCAUGGCAUGGCCUCCAAGAAGGAGGCGAACCCGCUCUUCCCAUGCGGCGUAUGCGAGAACAUGCUGCAGAGAGUUACAAAGGAUGUUCUCGCCCACUACGGUGGCGACAUCACACUGUACAUGUUUGACGCGACGACCCCGCGCAAAAUUGUGUUUCUGCCAAUCCCCGAAAUCUCCAACCGUGACAGUGCGAACUUCAAAAAAUUUGUUGCUGAGGACCUACGCGACAGUUAG